AUGACUUUCACAAUCUUAAAUGGCCCCGUCUGUAGAUUACUAUAUGCUCUUUACAUGUUUAUAUUGCGAAGAUUCCAAGUUGGACCUGUGAGGUCCAAAACUGAACGACAAAGAGAAUUUCGACAAACAGGUGUUGAUCCUGAAUACGUCCACUACUAUGAUAUUGCUGCGGGUAGCUUUGACAUUCGCCCCAUUGAAAAGGUUUACGGGGUACCAAAUUUCUAUCAGGACGUCCGCAACACCCAUAAUAUUAAUGAACUAGAGGAGAAAUUAGCGGACCUCGAACGCCAUGCAGCCUCCAUCAUCAUGGGGUUGCAUAAAGCGCUUCCUCAGGGUACUUUCACUCUGAAGCGGAGGUCACUAGAGCUCCUGCGGAAAUUCCUGUUUAUCAUGCAUUAUCGUAACGUAUCGUGCGCCAACACCUACUUUCAAGCGGAUCACCCGGAGAACACAAUGAGUCGCCAGUGGAUUGAAUCCAUCAUGAAAGCGAAGGAUAUUCGAUCUGCUGUCGAGUUUUGACUAUACAUCCUCAUCCUCAAUACCAAGGGCAUAGGUGACCUCCUGCUUCCACGCAAAGUAUGUAUCCGGACCUGUCAAUUCCGGGAUGUGGUUGAGCUUUCGUAUGUCAAAGAAAGACGACGAAACAUCUCUAAGAGAAUAUUACAGCGAGUCGCUGAAACAAGGGCGCAUGUCGGUAUGUAGCCUGAUAAAAUUUCAUUUAGAAAUCGCAACUGAUAACCUGUUAGAAGCUAGACGUGAAACACGCUCAGUGGUUGGAGACAACGACUCAAUAUUAUUAGUACCUAGACACAAAAC